CUAAGAAUCAUCCUCGUGAUGACACGUGGCUUCAAAACAUGUUGUAAUGCUCCAGGAUUAAUAUAUAGGGGAUUUAUUAGGCUAAAAGUUGGUUAAUAAUUAUUCAUUUCAAUAGUAGCUAUACAUACAAACCCAAAAUAGACCCAACAAAAUGUCUCUCGUUUUUCUUCAGCUCUUUAGUCUUUUAGACUUGAUGAUGAGGAAUUCAGCUACUAUUUCAUACAUUAACUGUUUCAUGUGAUAUGUCAUCCAUAUCUUUAUAUAUAAAGUACAGCUUCCUUCUCUCUUAGGGGGUCCACGUCGCCAUCAACGUCAUCAAUUCGGUCGACGUCCUGAAGACAUGUGCCCAGUUAAACGAACGAUCCGUUUCAUUUAUUCAAGUUUGUUAUUCGCAUGGGCUUUUGCUUAUUCACGGUAUUUGUGUUAGGCUUUGCGUACAUUGAAGAUAGUUAUUUUCGUUUGUGCUUUUGUGCAUAUUUGGUAAGCGUAAGUCAAUAAACGCAUCGUUUUGUAUUUUGAGUUGAACACUUUCUUUCUUCGCCGUUGCAAUAUCGGGUCACACCCUAGGGUUUCGAUUCAGUUGCUUCAUCUUCUUCAUUCCGAUCCACAAAUCUACCAGUUAAACGGAUUCAUCAUCUUAAAGUUCUCUUUAAAUCCAUCAUCCACGAUUUACAUUCAAUGUUAGCUUCUCUCUUACAAGGUGGUGGAGUUUCAAGUAUAAAAAGAUGUUCUGAUUUUACAUAUCAUGCUCAUUGUUUUGAUAACCACACCACCGGAAAACUACUACAAAUACAAUUUUAAUCUUCUGACAGUCGUGAUCUCCCUUGAUCUACGGGUGUCUAUUUACAUGCCUCCCUAUAAUCCCCCGUUACCAAAAUUAAAUCUCGCAUUUGUUUCAUUUCGGGAGCAUUAGAAGAAGAAGAAAUCUCACUAGAUGAGAAUCUUGAGUUUUGUGUGUUUCCAGGGUUCAAGAGAUUUGUGUAUUGAGUGAAAAAAAAAGACAAGUUUUCUGCUCUGUAUUUUUGGAAAUUUAGUAAAUAACAUCAUCGCCAUCAAUGGAGAACGGAGGCUCCACCUCCUCCUCCUCGGGAUCAUCAUCAUCCUCCCUUCAAGUCUCUAUGCAAGAAUUCAAACUCUUUGAGACUCAAUCGAAUUUAUAUAUGAUUGGUUAGAAUGGUAAUGGAGUGUAUAGAGUACUAAAGAUAGACCGUCUUGAUGCGUCUGAGCUUAAUCUCAGUGAGGAUUCCACUGCCUAUACCAAAAAAGAAUGCUACGAGAUUCUUAAACGGAUACACGAAGGCAACAAGGCCACAGGCGGCCUCAAACUGGUCACUCUCUGUCAUGGCAUCAUUGGUAUUGUGUCGGUUAUGUUCACUGAAAUGUACAUUGUUUUUUACUUUUACAGCGUGUUCUCACAAUUUUGAUUUUUUUGUGCUCCCCAUUUAUGUGGUCUCAGGGUUCAUUAAGUUUUUGGGACCAUACUACAUGCUGGUUAUUACCGAGAGAAGAGAGAUAUGCGAAAUUUGUGGUGACAGGGUCCAUGAAGUUUCCAAGAGUGAGAUCAUUUCUUUGCGUAAUCCUAGCGUGCUUUCCAACAUUGCAAAUUCAAGAGACGAGAACAAGUACAAGAAGCUCCUGUGUAUGGUGGACCUUACAAAGGACUUCUUUUUCAGCUAUUAUUUCAAUAUAAUGCGUAGUUUCCAGAAGAAUAUAUGCAACCACGAGAGUGGUGCUACUCUCUGUAAGAAAAUGUUUGUGUGGAACGAGUUCUUGACAUGGGGAAUUCGACAUCUUCGGAAUACCGUCUGGACUGUAGCAUUGGUGUAUGCUUUCUUUAAGCAGGUACGAAUCAGAUAUAUUUUCUGCUCCUCACUGUCAAAGAGAAAAACGUUUUCCCGAAUUCCCUUUUUUUUGGUCACAGCAGUAGUUUUAUUAUUUGUGCACCAUUUUCUUUGGGAUCAUUAUAUUGCUUCUCUAUAUCAUGUUUUGUCUUGCACCAAAAGGUCUGCAAAAGAAGUACUAUUGAUUUUUUAUAGCUACACUACAAGAAAACAGCGACAUACUGAGGGAAAAAAUCGUCGGCAUGUCGUCGGAGUAACGUUAUUCCGACGACAUACCGACGAAACAAGUCCUCGGAAAUAACUCCUCGGAAAUUUCAUUUUCCUCGGAAAUCCCUCGGAAUUUUCCGACGGAAUUCCGAGGAAACAAAUUUCCGAGGAAAUUCCGAGGACCACCAGUUCGUCGGAAAGCUCCUCGGAAUAUACCGAGAGAGAACGUCCUCGGAAUUUACCUCAGAAGUUCCGGCGAAAUGUUCCUCGGAAAAUUCCGCGGAAAUGAACCCUCGGAAAAUUCCGAGGAACAAGAGUCCCUCGGUAUAUUCCGAGGAACAUGUCCCUCGGUAUAUUCCGAGGGUUCAUUUCUUCGGAAUUUGAACCCUCGGAAAAUUCCGAGGAACUAGUCCCUCGGUAUAUUCCGAGGGUUCAUUUCCUCGGAAUUUAAAAAAAAAUU